CCUCAAAGCUUUUUUAUUGUUUUACUAGAGUAAGGAGUUCGUGGGGGUACUCAACUCAUGAGUCAAAGACCCGUUAAAGAAACUUCGUGGAAACACGUCUUUAUAGUAUUGUCCAACCCUAUACAUAGAAACGAGUCCAAGAAGUAAUCAGACUUUCUUUGUUUAUAUACAGAUUUUCAUUCACCUUGCACAAAGCCACAAACAAUAAUCUCCACAACAACAACAACAACAAAAGCUAGAAUUAGAAGUAAAAUUUAUUAUGGGUUUUGCAGAAUCAGAUUCAUCAAAGUGUAGAAGACAUCCAUAUCAAAAGCAACUUCCAGGAGUUUGUUCAUGUUGCUUAAGAGAAAAGCUAACAAAACUAAGCAUCUCCCCUUCUUUCAACAAAAGAAGCACCACUUUUAUCUCCGAUGACACCUCUUCUUACACUUCGUCGCCGCCGUAUUCAACCGCCUCUUCCUCCUCCGUCACCACCACAACAACUAGAAAAUCUCCGGGCCACCGCCAUCGGAGAAACGGCUCCGAAGCGUAUGUAUCGGUGGGGAUGGUAUUGAAUAAUGGGUUGAAAAAGAGUAGGUCAGUGAGUUGUGCUCCUCUUUCAAAAACCAAGCUUAUUGGAGCUAACUUUGAUUGUGUUAAUAAUGAUAAAGUGAUUGGUGCCAAGAUGAAUAAGAGUUUUAUGGAAGGUGGGAAGAUUGUAGAAGAUGGGAAUAUGAAGAAAAAAAGUGGGUUUUUGAAGAAAUUGAUUCAUUCAACAAGUAAGAAAACAAGAGGAGUUUUGACACAAUCCAAGACUAUGAAAGAAAGGUCUCAUCAUACAACAAAUGCAAUUACAAACAAUAAGAAUUAGGUGUAUUAGUUCAUAUUCACUUGCUUCUUUCUUUCUUUUGGUUAAUUUGAUUAUAUCCUUAUGUAUAUCAAAGAAUUAAGGUGUAACAAUUUAAAUGUAACCCUUUUUCAAUAUUCUUCUCUUCUUGUUUGGGUAUAUAAAGUAUAUCUAUAUGCUUCAAGGGAGAAAGGGGUGGGAAAAUGAGUAUGUAUCAUGUAUGGUAUCCUUAAUAUAAUCUUGAGGUAUAGAUUUUUUCUGCUA